AUCUUCCGGAGUAGCUGCUUUGCAUGAUAUGCUGAUAAGACGGUUAUUCCUGUGCAGUCAGUGCCUGGCACAGAAAUUCCUUCACUUUCGGUAUUUCGGUACGAGUUUUUCGCGUGGACAUGUUGUACGGCCGUUGUUACACUACCGUCGUCAGUUGUGCUCCAGCAGUGGCUCUUCUCAGGCAGAUCAGGUAUCCGCCAAAAGGCGGAGUAUCGCCAUGUACGCCAUUGGCGGAUCCGCUUUGUUCGUUAGCAUCACAUUCGCCGCUGUUCCUGCUUACAAAGUUUUUUGUCAAAAAACCGGGUUAGGAGGCGAUUCUCGGACAAUUCUUCGUCAAUCGGAAGACAUUCAACACUUGACGGUCGUAAAGGAUCGACUGAUAAAGGUUCAGUUUGCAGCUGACGUAAAUUCAAGGAUGGCCUGGAACUUUAAACCCCUGCAAGACGAGAUCUUUGUGCAUCCGGGAGAAACGGCACUGGCGUUCUAUUCUGCCUUAAAUCCCACUGAUGUGCCGAUUGUUGGUAUUGCAACAUACAACAUUGUCCCGUUUGACGCGGCUUUAUAUUUUUGCUUUUGCUUUGAAGAGCAGAUCUUAAAUCCUAAAGAAGAAGUAGAUUUGCCGGUAUUUUUCUACAUCGACCCGGAAUAUGCCGAAGAUCCUAAGCUUGAAGACGUCGACAACAUCGUUUUGAAUUACACGUUUUUCGAAUCUCAGGAAGGAUUAAACUUGUCGCUCCCUGAUUUUGAAUCGAACCGUGAUCGAUGAUG